GGUGAAGCCCGCGGAAAGCGACGAAAGGUUCAAAGGCGGUUAGACGAGAGACCAAUUAAAAGCAAAGUUCUCUACGGGUUGGAAGGCUCUUGUUAGUGACUUGGGCUUGCCGGCGGAGUUAGAGAUGCUUGUUCGUGAUAUGUGGGUGUUGUAUCUUACGUAUGCCGAUGUGAAGUUACCAGAAGACGAACAUAUGGAACGAGACAUGAAUGACGACAGCGAAGAGGUGCUAUGGCAGCAAGAACGUACGCAGCAUUCACAGACAAACGACGACGGCGAUCAGCGUACUGUAUCCGAUUCAAGAAUACCUCGCACACCGUCACUGGUUUUCAGCGUUGUUUGGACUUAUCUCGCAAUACUGCUACUCAGACUGCCAAUAACCAUUUCAGAUCUACAUGGAUGGAUUCUUGAUGGGAGAUAUCCAUAUAUGCGUGCGAUUCAAAUGAUACCCAGCAGUAUGCGGGAGAGGCUUCAUGUCAUGUAUUGGAGUGAUCUCGAUCCUCCGACUACUCCGCGCUGUGCAACUUUCCACCAUUGGAUUGAGCCCAUGGCGAAGCUGUUUGAGUGCAGUUUUGGGUUACGCUUCCCGGCUAUCAAUUUGCCACCGAUAUUGCUGAGUUAUGUUCGGGAUCUUCUACUUCCCUUGGAGAUCUACACUGCUGCACGAAAGCUUGCGUCUUUGCUCGCUCUUGAUAUGCACGUCGUCGCGACACAACGCGACAAGUCAAAAAUACCGCAUCACAAUAUCAUGGCGCUCGUCCUCGUCGCGACAAAGUUAUGUUUCGGUCUUGAUGAUUUGAGCCGGAGUCCUUCUGCUGAUGAUGAACCGGCGGCAUAUCAGCCUGAUUGGAUUCUGUGGCAGCGGAAUAUCAAUGCUCGGAAUGAAGAUGUUCAAUCACACGACAUCCAGACUAAGAUUAACGAGGUUGACGUUCUGGGUAUGGGUGAGACGGAGAUAGAUCACUACAUCGAGUGGUGUGCCCAGAAUUGGAGUCUCCCUGAUUCGGCAAACGAGGGUCCUCGACUGCUUCUACCAGCCUCAAGCCGAAGCCGCCAGUCGUGUAUCACAAAUCGCCCACCACUCAACCAUCCUAAACCUUCUGAAAGCGCUAAACUCCAGACCCGUCCAUGCUCAGCGUGGGGUUUCGGUGUCACGUAGACCGGGUGCCCAUUAUCCUAUAUACAACUCUGACGCAGAUUUGCCUAGGGUUACUGCGGCGCUGUUGGAAGCGGCUGCGAGACGGGCUGGGGUUACGACGAGUG